UAGUACAACAAGGGUCUUAACUACUGCGACACAGCGGUCAUUACAUGAUUUCCGUUAUCCUCAGACGCACAAGGCAGACGGCCGAAAUAAGAACCCGUAUAAAAUAUGGAUUUUUAACAAUAAUUUAUGAAAGAGUGGCGUAGAUAAAAUAAUAAAGUACACACCACAUUAAAAAAACGUUAAAAAAAUUUAUCAAUAAUAUAUGAAAAAGUAGUGGUAAAUAAAAAGUGCUCAAUUAAAAGAUAUAUAACUCAAACAACGCUGUGUUAACAAUUUUUCAGAUACACUCAAGUGUUGAGUAUUGGUGAUUUGUGAAAGUGAAGCGGCUUAUGAAAAGUGUACAUGAGAUAAUUUGGAAAUAAAAGGUUCAUAUACCAUCAGUCAAUAAUGGGUACACCACUGAUUAUAAAAAAACUCGUACAAUAUCCUCUUGCGCCUGAGAUGGAGGCAAAGAGCUACUGUGAAGCGUAAAGAAAUGGACUCAUACGAUCUAUUUGGAGAAGAUGUCAGUGGCUCGAUGCUCGAUGCUCUUCCUGAUCUCGACGGGAAUGAUCAUUUUGAUCCGGCCGGUAACAAUAAUUCAGUGUUAGCAUCUAGAGAUGGCCCGAAUCCUGGACCUAACGGAGGCGGGAGUUAUAUUAAUUCACCAUAUAGUAUUCCACAAGAGUCUCCUCUACAAAAAUUAACAUCUUUCGGUGGUGCUGAGUUUAGUAACACAAAUCAAUUGCAAAAUCCAGCUCAAAGAGCCAUGUUUAAUCAAAAUUUAGGCACAUUUGAUGGGAAUUCCCCACAGCGAACGAUGGUGCCUGGAACAUUUCAAAAUCAAGUUAGAGGUAUGACACCACAGCAUAGAGGACCACAUCCUGCUGCAGGUGGCCAAUAUCCCGGUUAUUCUGAUAGUAUGUACUCUAUGGAGCAGCAGCAUCCUAUGACCAGAACAAAUAUGAAUAUAGAUCCUAAUAUGCAAGGUUGGCCAGGUUCCGCUGGCGGUACUUAUGCUCCAAUGCAAAGACAUUAUAGUCAAAUGGCUCCACAGCCAACUACAUAUAGACAACAUAUGCCCCCACAGUAUUCUCACCAGCAGGAUCCUUCAACUAUUAAUCAGAAGCUUCAACAACAACAGCAGCAGCAACAAGUAGCCCAACAACAAGUAGCUCAACAACAUUUUGGUUCACAACAAAAUAUGUUAGGAAGUAUUGGAGUUUCACAUCAAAGUAUGCAGCCUGGAAGCACUGCUAGUGUUUAUCAACAUAUGGUUAAUCAACAGCAACAACAUUAUCAGCAAGGUAAUCCAGCCGCUGCAAUGUAUCAAGCAACAACGGGUUAUUCUGGAUUUCCAUCAACAACAAUGCAACAACAACAGCAGCAACAAUCACAACAACAACCAACAGCUCAACAGCCACCACAACGAAUGCCACAUCAUCAUCCGUCCCAUGUGACUCAUCAAACUCACCCUUCACAUCCACAGUAUCCUCAACAACCACAACAUCCUGUUAGUCAACAAUCACUAGAUUCACAAUAUUCACAUCAUACACCACCAAUGUUUAAUCAACCUCAACAUCCUGGACAACAUCCGAAUGCUCAACACUCGAAUCCACAAAUAACUGGAUCUCAACAUCCAGGACAACAACAUUCGAGUCCAGCAGCUCAGUAUGGACCUACAAAACAUGCGACAAGUCCUCAAUAUCGUGCCACAUUCCCUCAAUUAUCUCCUCAAAUGUCUCCCAGACCACAAAUGUCGCCUCGACCUUCUGCUGUACCACAACAAAUGUCUCCUCGACCAAUAAUGUCGCCAGCUAAACCCACUACUUUAUCACCACAUCCACAUGUACAACUUCCUCAUCAGCAACAGCAAACCCAGCAAAGUGCCGUAUCAGUCUCGCCUUGUCCACCAUCAGCGGUUUCAAUAAACCAGUCUGUUUCUCCUCAACAAACAACUCUACAAGCAUUAGAACAAAUGGUUGUUCCUGGGGUUGCUGUGUCUAACUCAAAUCUUUCUUCACAAGAUUACAACCAAUAUCAAUCUCGACCACCAAUGUCUCAUCCAUCAAUUAUGUCACAGUCUAACGUGCAAACAUCAAUGCCGAUAAUGUCGAGUGGCCCACGAAUGCCUAUGUCGUCUCAGUGGCCUCAUCCGCAACAACAGCAACAGCCAUCACAUCAACAUCAGCAACAACCUCAAACACAACCCCAGCAAUAUCCACCACAAACCCCACCUAAUCAUCCACAACCAUCAAUACAAUCACCUCAGCAUCAUCAACAAUCACAACAUCAACCACAUUCACUUCAUCAACCACCGCAAUCACAUUCGCAUCAUCAUCAUCAUCAACAACAACAACAACCACCACCACCACAACAGCAACAACAACAACAGCAACAGCAACAACAACCAACAUCACAGCCACAGCAACAACAACCAACGUCACAGCCGCAACAACAUCAAUCAACAUCACAAGUAACAUCUAAUAUAAAUGUUAGUGAUCGUAGAAACUCGAUAGAGUCCCAACCGUCUGUACAUAUGACUGAACGGAUGCCAAUGUUUUCGAUGAAUAAUAGUGAAAAUUUGUGUAAUGUUGUUGAAACUACAACAAAAGAUAUAACCGAUACCAAUAGUAGUAGUAUGAUAUCUUCAGGUCAAGAACCUGUUGAAAGUGUUUCAUCAAAUACAAAACAAAAUUCAGAAAUACAUACUCAACAAGUGGAUAAUUUAAAAAUGAAUGAACAAAUACCACAAGUUGAACAGCAAUUACCUGUAGAAACAUCAUCAAUAGAACCUGUACAAUCGUUGCCAGCUUCAAGUACCAGUGGUAAUGUUGAAUCUAAUCUAUCAUCUCCAUUAAUACCAUCUCAACCUUUGAAUGUUCAAGCUAUAUCAUCUAGAUCUGGUACAGAAGUUUUAAGUUCUGUUACGAAAAUCGAUGAAAAAUCUUCUGAAAUAAAUAAUCCACCAAUCUUGUCAACUUCAUCUGAGUCUCAGCAACCUCAACAUUCUCUUAUAAGUCAAUCUCAGUCAUCCGUAACUCAACAACCGCAACAAACAUUACAACCGCAAACGAGUCAACAAUUGCAUCAACAAACACAACAACCUGAUACUCAAUCAAAUCAACAAAUACAAGUGGAGGAAUCGGUAAAACAACAGUCAGGAAAUCUUAGCCAAAAUCAACCAACCCAAUUAUCUUCAGGAACGCAACAUCCGCAGCCUCAUAUGAAUUCAAUACAAUCACAAAUUCCCCAGCAAUCAUUUAUACCACAAACUCAACCUCAAUUAAAUCAAUCUCAGCCAAUUCUUGACCAAAAAAUUCUACCAAGUAUUCCUCAACAAUCAACUUUAACACAAGCAUCGCCAGUAUUGGCUCCAAAUUCUACUGUAACUCAAAGUCAACAACCACCAGUACAAGCUGAUUCUCAAACGCAAAUAAUUCAAGCUGCAUCUUCAGCUCAAUGUCCGACUACAACACAAUCUUUAGAAUUGCAACAAUCACCAGCAAUAACUCAACCUCAACAAUCGAUUAUUUCUCAACAGCAAGUGAAUGUGAUCUCGACAAACAAUAACACUCUACUUUCGCCACAAAUUCCGAUAACAAAUCAAGGAUCUCAAGUACCACCAUCAACACAACAACAGCAUCAACAGCAGAUAACUUCUGCUGACCAGCAAAGUAUUGCUAUUGCUCAAAAUUCGAUAACAUUACCUAGUAAUCAAUCAUCGCAUCCAAUACAACCAGCUGUAGGACCUGAACAAUCAUCUUAUGCAGGGGGAGAUAUAGGUGGAAGUGGAAAUACAAUACCAAAUGUGUAUGGUAUUCCAUCUGGACAUACAACUAAUACUGUUAACAUUGCUUUCAAUAGUUCAUGUAACCAACCCGUUACUCAUCAUCAAGAAAGAGCUGCAUUACAACAACAACUCCAAGAACUUUUUUGUAUGCCUCCUAUAGCGGAAAAUCAGGAAAAAAUUGUGGCACUUCAAGAAAAACUUCAAGCUUUACAACAGCAUGAAACAAAUGAUCAGUGUAAUGGUGGACCUCAGUGUAUUUUACAAACAUCAAUGUUCAAUUCAACGGUUGUUGAUAGUCCUCAGGUAUCUAGUACCACUGGACGUGGCCGUAGUAAAGGAACGCCACGAGCGAAAAAAAAUAAAAAAAAAGCUGAUAAAGAAGUUAUUACACCAGUAAUUGCAAAUCAACAAAUAUCAUUACAACCUGAACAACCAGUAUCUGAAAAUCUAGUCACUCCUGGAGACAGCAGUAAUAUUGUUGACAGUGUUGCAGAUUCAGAAGAUAAUAAACCAUCAUCUGGUGGAGAUGUAGAAGAAGAAUGGAGUAAAGGCAGAAAGUCGAGACAACCAAGAAAGCCCAGAAAACCAAAAGAACCAAAAGAAGCAAAAAUUAAAAAAGAAACAAAAGCAGCUAAAGAAAUUAAAUCUACGAAGGGGCGUAAAAAAAAAGAUAAAGAUAUUAAAGAAGGGAAAGAAAGCUCUAAAAGAGGAAGGAAAAAAAUUAUUCAUUCAGAUUCUGCCGAUGAUGAAACUGGACAUGAGACAGAAGAUGUAUCUGAGUCAGGUGUUCAAGACACUGAUAUAAAAUCAAGUAAAAAUGCUCCAGUUCAGGAUGAUCAAGAGCAUGUUGAUUCUUCAACAGCGGAACCAAUUUUAAUGGAUAUUAAAGAUGAAAAUGACGAUAAAAAUGAUAAUGAUGAAGGAGUUGAUGAUGACAAGAAAGAUGAUCGCAAAGCUACGAUUUCAGAUACUCCGACUUCAGCUAAGAAAAAAACAACACGCAAAAGAUCAGUUGGUGGUAAAAGUACUGCAAGAACGUCCAGAAAUAUAAAAAAGAAAAAAAAUCGUAUGGCCCCAGAUUCAGAUGGUGAAGAACUAGCCACAACACCACCGCCAUCACCAGAAACUGGUGAUGAUGCUAAUAAACGACGUUCAGCAAGAAAUACUCAUAGAAAAAAAUAUGUUGAUGACGUAAUGUUACGAUUUUCAGAUGAUGAAGUAUCUAUUGCAGAUACUCAUGUUACCAAAAAAAUUGAGGGAUCAAUAUCUAAACCUACUGUAGUAAAGAAAGAUGGUGAAGGAAACGAAAUUACUCUGAAUAAGCCUAACUUUGUCUACAUAAAUACAACUGAUGAAGAUUCAAUGGUUGUACAACAUAUUUUGUGUAUGAGAAUGGGUAAAAGAGAAGUUAAACCAUCAGCAACAGAAGUUAAAAGUGAAAAUGAAAAUAAUAAAAAGUCUGAAAGUAGUUCAACAAAGGCUGAUACAUUAAUAAAUAACGAAGAAAAGUCUGAAAAAUCCGAUGUAGAUAGUAGUGAAAUGAAAAAGUGUGAUAAGGAAUUGAAGGAAAAUAAGAAAAAUAUUGAUGAAGAUGAUGAUGAAGAUUGUAAUAAUAAUGAAGAUGAUGAUGACGAUGAUGGUGAAAAAAUGGAACUUGAGACUAAAAAUGAAAAUGAUAACAAAAGUCAAAGUGAGAAACAGGAGGAAAAAGAAAUAACAAAAGUUAAAAUUAAAGAAAAUAGAAAAGAUGAUGAAACAGAAAAAACGUCAUCAACAUCGACAUCAAAAGAAAUUGAAAGCACUGAAACUACGACAGUUGCUGAAGUUAAACCACAAUUUAUAGAAGUUGAAGAAUAUUUAGUGAAGUAUAGAAAUUUUUCAUAUUUACAUUGCGAAUGGAGAACUGAAGAAGAGCUUUACAAAGGUGAUAAAAGAAUACAAGCUAAAUUAAAACGAUUUAAACAAAAACUUCAACAAAGUACAAAUAUUUUUGAAAACACUGAAGAUGAUCCUUUCAAUCCAGACUUUGUUGAAGUAGAUCGGGUUUUGGAUGAAGCAACUCAUACUGAUCCAAUAACUGGUGAAACUGUGAGACAUUAUCUUGUAAAAUGGCGUUCUUUACAAUAUGAAGAUUCUACUUGGGAGUUAGAAGAAGAUGUUGAUCCAGAAAAAAUAGCACUUUUUCAUAAAUUUAAUAAAGUACCACCAAAAGAUCAAUGGAAACCAAAAAAGAAACCAAAUGCUUCAGCUUGGGUGAAACUUGAGGAAUCACCAAUUUAUAAAGGAGGAAAUAGUUUACGACCUUAUCAAUUAGAAGGAUUAAAUUGGUUACUAUUCUCAUGGUAUAACUCACACAAUUGUAUUUUAGCUGAUGAAAUGGGUCUUGGGAAAACCAUUCAAUCCUUAACAUUUGUUGAUGCUGUAUAUAAAUAUGGAAUUCGUGGGCCAUUUUUGAUAAUAGCACCUCUCUCAACGAUUCCUAAUUGGCAAAGAGAAUUUGAAAGUUGGACUGACAUGAAUGUUGUUGUAUAUCAUGGUUCAGCAGCAAGUCGAACGAUGCUUCAAGAAUACGAAGUAUAUUAUAAAAAUGACAAAGGUCAACAAAUUAAAGAUUUAAUCAAAUUCAACGUUUUAAUAACGACAUUUGAAUUUAUAAUUACAGAUUUCAAUGAACUAAAGGGUUACAACUGGAGAUUAUGUGUUAUUGAUGAAGCUCAUCGAUUAAAAAAUAGAAAUUGUAAAUUAUUAGAAGGUUUAAGACAAUUGAAUUUAGAACAUCGUGUACUUCUAUCAGGUACUCCUCUUCAGAAUAAUGUUAAUGAAUUGUUUUCAUUACUAAAUUUCUUAGAACCUACACAAUUCUCAAGUAGUGAAGCAUUUUUAAAAGAAUUUGGUAAUUUAAGUAGUGAAAGUGAAGUUAAUAAAUUACAACUUCUCUUGAAGCCUAUGAUGUUGCGAAGAUUAAAAGAAGAUGUUGAAAAAUCAUUAGCUCCUAAAGAAGAAACAGUUGUUGAAGUUGAGUUGACGAAUAUUCAAAAAAAGUAUUAUCGUGGUAUUUUAGAAAAAAAUUUUUCAUUUUUAGCUAAGGGAACAACUUCGGCUAACAUUCCUAAUCUUAUGAAUACCAUGAUGGAAUUAAGAAAAUGCUGUAUUCAUCCAUUCCUAUUGAAUGGUGCUGAAGAUCAAAUACAACUUGAUUAUAAAGAUAAAGAGGAUUCUGAAUCAUAUUAUCAUGCAUUAGUAAAUAGUUCCGGCAAAAUGGUACUUAUAGAUAAACUAUUACCUAAACUUAAAGCGAGUGGCCAUCGAGUAUUAGUAUUUAGUCAAAUGGUCAAAUGUUUGGAUCUUUUGGAAGAUUAUCUUGUUUAUAAAAAAUAUCCAUAUGAAAGAAUUGAUGGCAGGAUUCGUGGAAAUUUAAGACAGGCAGCUAUAGAUCGUUACAGUCGACCUGAUUCCGAUAGAUUUGUUUUUCUAUUAUGUACUAAAGCUGGUGGAUUAGGAAUAAAUUUAACUGCUGCUGAUACUGUCAUUAUAUACGACAGUGAUUGGAAUCCACAAAAUGAUCUACAAGCUCAAGCAAGGUGUCACAGAAUAGGCCAACAAAAAAUGGUAAAGGUAUACCGUCUUUUGUGUCGUAACACUUAUGAACGAGAAAUGUUCGAUAAAGCUUCGAUGAAGUUAGGACUUGAUAAAGCCAUUUUACAAUCCAUGAAUACAUCUCAAGGUGGUAAAGAUCCUAGCAAUAGACAAUUAACGAAAAAGGAAAUUGAAGAUUUAUUAAAGAAAGGUGCUUACGGAGCCAUUAUGGAUGAUGACAAUGCUGGGGAUAAAUUUUGUGAAGAAGAUAUUGAUCAAAUCUUAGAAAGACGAACACAAAUAAUUACUAUUGAAGCUGAAAAAGGUUCCACGUUUUCGAAAGCUAGUUUUGCUUGUUCCUCUAAUAGAUCUGAUAUUAACAUAGAUGAUCCAGAUUUUUGGAAAAAAUGGGCUAAAAAAGCUGAGAUUGAUACAACUGAAAAAAAAGAAGAGGAAGAUCUUGUUAUUUCGGAGCCUCGACGAAGAACUCAAAUCAAACGUUAUGGACAUGAUGAAUCAGUUGUUGAUAUGUCGGAGCUUGAUAGUUCUGAUGACAGCGAUGAUGAAAAUCUUGGUUUAUCAGGUAGAGGGAAAAAGAGACGUGACAAAUUCAACAAAAAAAAUCGGAAAUUCAGUGAAGAAUAUGUACCAAGAGAAGGUGAAGUUGUUUAUGGUAGCUGGGCACGAAGUGAAUGUUUUAAAGUGGAACGAGGUUUAUUAACAUUUGGUUGGGGACGUUGGGAAGAAAUACUUCAACAUAGUCAAUUUCGCCGUGGUUGGCGAGAAGUUGACAUUGAAGAUUGUGCACGUGUGAUACUUCUUUAUUGUCUUCGUUAUUAUCGUGGUGAUGAAAAGAUAAGAAAUUUCAUAUGGGAUUUGAUAACACCUUUAGAAAAUGGUGAAAAAACUAAGUUGAUGUCAAAUAGUAGCAGUACAUCCAACAGAAGUAGUAGUCGACAAAAGAAAAAAACUCGUGUGAGAGAAGGUGGUCGUGAAACACGUGGUUCUGCUAUCACUAAUGGACCUAGUGAUCCUAAUCACUGGAGUCACGCUGAAAAAUAUGAUGGAGAUAUUUUCUUAGAAAGUACAUACAAAAAACACCUGAGUCGUCAUGCAACCAAGGUUUUACUAAGAGUGAGAAUGUUAUAUUACAUAAAACAUGAAAUAAUUGGAGACUUGGUUCAACAUAUAUCUGAUGGUGUUCAUGUCAGUGCGUUGCGGAUAGAUCCUCCUCUGUUACCGGAACGACCAACGAAAUGGUGGGACGCGAUGGCAGACAAGUCACUAAUAGUCGGCUGCUACAAACAUGGAUACGAGAAUUACGAGCAGAUGAGGGCUGAUCCCACGCUUUCUUUCAUUUCAAGCUGCCCUCUCCCUUCCCAGACACAGACCAACCAAACAGAACAACAAAAAGAGGAUAGUAAUGUUGAUCAAGAUGGUGAGGAUGGUGAAGGGUCAAGUAUGUCGAAAGAUACUAAGGAUUUGGAUAAAUUCACACGAGAUGCAUCGGUGGAUUCGCCAGCUAUAUCUAAUAAAGCAGAUACACCUGUACCAGAAACAAGCGGUAGUACUAGUCAUGAAGGAAUUGAAGGAUUACUUGAUGACGAUAAAUCAUGGCCUUCCGUAGUGGAUCUUAAUACUCGUUUACGACGUGUAAUUUCUUCUUACCAACGUAGUGUCAAUAAGAAAGAUGACUCUAAUAAAAAUUUCCAAAAAGGAGGAAAUAAAUCAAACAUGGAAAUUGAAAUGACUAAUCCAUCAGGAGCAACAUCAGAUACUCCUCUCAAUAUGCAAGGUUGGGAUUUACAACAGCUUGCUAUGUAUCUAUUAAAAAUGGAGAGGCGAGAAAAAAUGGAAGCUAUGGUUAAAGAACGUGAAAGAACACGAAUUGAAGAACAAAAAGUCAAAUGGUCACGUCGUGAAGAAAGUGAAUUUCUACGUGUAGUUUCAACCUACGGAGUUAAUUAUGAUAGAAAAAAAGCUCAAUAUGAUUGGACCAAGUUCAAAAGUAUUGCAAGAUUUGAUAAAAAAACUGAUGCUGAACUUACUGACUAUUACAUGUCGUUCAGAACGAUGUGCAAGAGAGUUUGUAAUAUGAAAAUAUCUGAAGAUGAUGAUGUUUCUUUGGAUACAUUAAGUCCCAAUAAGGCUCGACAAAUUCUUGAUAGAGUAGAUCUUUUAAGUAAAAUUAGAGAAGAAAUUUUAUCUCAUCCUCAUCUUGAAGAACGUCUUUCUCUUUGUCAACCAUCUGGUGAUACACCUGAUUGGUGGAUUCCUGGAAAACACGAUAAAGAAUUGCUACUUGGUGCAGCUAAACAUGGACUAGGAAGAACUGAUAUUACAAUAUUAAAUGAUCCAGAUUUUUCGUUUCAUAAAAUCUUAGGUAAAAAUAUUUUCAGUUCAAUGCCAACGUGUUCCAAAUUGUUUAAUAAAACUGAAAAACCAGUCAAAAUUGAAUGUAAAGAUGAUAUUCUAAAAUUUGACAAGGAUGAGAUUCUUGUUAAACUGGAGAAGGGUGAAGGUACAUUAAAAAUUGAAAAGGUUGGUAUUAAGAAAGAUAAAGAACCAGCAUUUAUUGAAAGAAAGUUUGAAGAAAACAGUGAUAAAAGCCAAGUAGAAUUAACAAUUGUCAAAAGUGAAUCAAAAAGCGAGCAAAAUCAAUCUUCAUUGACUAUAACGACUGUGAUGGCUAACAAACCAACAGAAAUUAAAGUUCCUGAAAUAAAUAUUAUUGGAAAUACUGACAAAACUAUUGCUGGUGAUGAUGAUAAUAGUAAACUUAGUUCAGAUAAAAAAUCAAAUGAAAGUAAUGACAAAAUUGAAGACAAAUUAGAUACUGACGCUGAAAAGAUAAGUAAUGAAAAGGAUGAUAAAGAAAAUGAUGAUUAUCGUAUAAAAGAAAAUAAAAAUAAUAUACAAAAUACUAUAGAAGGAGAAACAAUGACCAAGUUGAUAAAUGAUAAAAAAUUAGAGGGUGAAUCAGAUAAAAAUAAUUCUAUUGAAGGAAGUGAUAGAAAAACUUCGGAAAAUAGUAAUAGUGAUAGAAUAAAAAUUACUGAUGCUGCUGAAAAAAAUAUAGAUGUAAAAGUAGUUAAUACUGGUCAGGAAGAAUCGGAAAAUGGACAUGUUAAUGAAGAUAUAGCACAUGAUACAAAAACUGUUGAAAAUAAAGAAACGAAGGAACUUGAUGAAGAAAAUAAACAAAAAGCAAAAGAGGAAAUAAAUGAAGCACCGACAGAAAAAAUAGACGUCAAAGCAGAUAUUGAAACUGCUGCUGGUAUUGUAAAUAAUGAAAAAUUAUUAGUAUCUGAAAUCAAAAGUUCUAGCCCUAGUAGUGUUACAAUGAAAACGGAAGAUACAGAAGAAAAAAAUGAACAAUCGAAAGUAAUUUAUGAUGAUAAAAUGACUACUGAGAAACAACAAACAUCUAAAACUUCAAAAAUUGAUGAUAAAUGUAGUGUUCAAGCAGCAGAACUCAAAGCAAUGUUUCCUGACUUAGAAGUUAUUCAACCUCUUUCACGAUUAACACAAAUUGAUACAUUUGUACUUCGUGAUAAAACUGAAUACCCUGAAACAUCAGUUGCACAAUUAUUUUCUCACAAUUUCCCUGCUUCGAUAAAAUGGCCUAAAGAGCAUGCAAUUGAAGCACGGUUGAUGCAUAUUGUUCAUGCUAUUGAACAUAAAGAAUGGCCCGUUGCUAUCAAUUUUACAGCAGGUGAUGAAUUAGAAAUAUCUAAUGAAAAAGAUAAUUCUGAAGUAAUAACUAUAACAACUGAUCAUGGUAUUUCACGAGCUCUAGCUGCAACAAAUAAUUUAGUUACUUCCAAAAAACGUAAACGACAUAUUGCUAUUGAUGUAGAAACAGAAAGAGCAAAACUCCAUGCUUUAUUAAACAGCAGUCAUAUGUCAUCUCAGCCACCAUCGAGCUUAAGUAAACCAUCAGUACUUAAUACCUCUUGGGAUAUUAACGACGAUAAUAAUACAUCGGAUGAAUCACGACGUUUGACUUCCUUACAACCACCACCAGCACAUCAGCAUGCUAGAACACCUAAUGUACCAUUCGACUUGAAAUAUACAGUACCUGGUAAAACUACUAUAAUUCCUGGUACCUCAAGUACACUCACACCAAUUGAUUUAUCAGCAGGAUUUCAUAAAUCUUCUACAGAAUCUAAUAAAGAUAUUAUGAGUGAGGUUCAAGAUUUUUCAAUGCCAAGCAAAAAUAAACAGUCGAGUAGUAGUAAUAAAGGAAAAUUAGAUUCUAUGUUAGAUAAAUUGAUGAAACGUAAAAACUGUCCUGUUGAAGAAUCUCCAAUUGGUAAAGAAAAGAAAAGAAGGAAAUUAGAUGAGAUUGUUUUAGGAUUAAGUGCUGCAAAAGAACAACAAGGAAGUAGUGGCCUAUUUGCAGAACAUAAUAAAAAGAGUACAAUUACACCAAAUGUAACAGUAACACCCACAUCUGCUCCUAUGGGUUUAAGUAAUUUUUCACCAUCAACUCAAAAACCUUUUUCUAUAACUGUCACAUCAAUUCCAUCAUCAAGAAAUUCGGGAUCUAAUACAGCUUUACCUCCACCACCACCAUCUUUACAUUCACAUAAAGAUAGUUUUUCGGCACUUUUAGCUCAAGCAGAGCAACAAAAUCGUGAUUUAAAAAAGCAACAGUUACAACAAAGCCAAUCACAAUCAACUCAACAACAACCAGCUCAUCAUCAUCAGCAACAACAGUUGCAACAUCAACAGCAAUCAUUUAACUCGGCUCAAUUAUCAUCACCAGCAUCAUCAUCAUCCAAUAGUCAUCGUAAAAGCUACGAAGCUAUGAUUGCUGAUAUUAAUAAAGUUGCUGAGUAUUCAUCAAAAAUUGGAAGUUAUUCUCAUGAAGCUAAAGUUAAUAAAUGGCUUGCAGAACAAACUGCUAUUUCAGAACAAUUAGGUGCUGAAUAUCUUAAUGCUCCUAGAAGACGAAGACCAAGAGUUGAUCCGUCAUUACUUGAUUGGAAGAAACUCACUGGAGAAGAAAAUGUUGCUGUUAUAAAUCGUUUAACAGGAAAAAAGGUUACUGGAAGUAAAGCACCACAAUUAAAACGAUUAGGUCAAUGGUUAAUGGAAAAUCCCAUGUUUGAUGUUGACCCUAAAUGGGCAGAACUUGUAAAAGAACGUGGCAAUCUUCCCCAUGAUUUACAAAAGAGACUACCAGGUUCUGAACGUGGUAAUAAUAGUAGUAGCAGUAGUAGCAAAGGAAAAAGUCCCGGCAGACCACCAAUGAUGCCUAGUCCAACAAGUCAAGCAUCUUCUACUCCAUCUAACUUGACUGCUACAUCAAUGGCUUCACAAUUAAAUUUCCCCGGAUUAAGUAAUUCUCUUCUAUCUACUCUAUCGCUCGGUAAUUUUGAUCCAAAGAGUAAUCCACUUCUUAUGCCAUUUGGUGGUUUACCAAAUAUCGGUGCACUUGGUGGCUUAGGAAAUCUUGGAAAUCUUGGUAAUAUGAAUUUGACGAAUUCAUUAUUUGCUAAUCUAGCAGGGCUUGGAUUGCCUUCGUUAGCUGGCAUGGAAGCAGCAUUAAAUGCCUCUACUGUAAAUAGUUCCACAGAAACGAAUACAGCCAAUAAAAAUACUGGAUCUACAAGCAGUAGUACUAGUAGUUCUAGUAGUGCUACAAAAUCAGCACGAGGAAAAAUUGAUACACCAACUAGUAAAACAUCCGUACCAUCCACGUCAUCGACAUCUACAACGUCAACAUUACCAACAACUACACCGUUUCCAUUUUUCUUUCCAAAUCCUAGUUUACUGUAUACACCUUUAGGACUUGGUGGAUUAAAUCCAUUUUCCAUGCAACCUGGAGGAGUAUCGGCCUAUGAAAGUCUUGCUCAAUGCGGUCUUUUAAAUCCGCCCACGUCUACAGCAUCAUCAACUCGAAAAUCAACUGUUUCAUCAAGUAAUACAUCGUCUCGUCAACGAGAUAUUUCUAAUGAUUCAUAUAAACGAAAAGAUGCAGAGAAAAAAUCUACAUCUUCCUCAUCAUCAUCUUCUGUGUUAGCAACACCUUUAAAAUAUCCAUUAGAUUCAACAUUAACAACAUUACAACAAUAUACGUCUGAAUUGAUGCAUGCCGAAGACAAAAAACGUGAUUCAGACAGAAAGGAAUCUAUGGAAGUUGGAGAUAUUACUGAUUUAUCGUCAAAAAUUGAACGAAAAAAUAAAGAAAUGAAAGAAGCAUUAGAACAAUUAAGUAGAACUAGUGCUGAAUUAUUAACAAGAAAUAUAGAUGAAUCACAGAAAUCACAAAAAAGAAGUCGACCAUUAGAUGUUUCAACAUCAGAACAAUCAAUUCCUUCUACAUUAGAAGUUACCUUAGAGCCAGUGAAUAAAAAAAGUAAAGUUGAUGGGGAAUCCUCUUCGUUCAAAUCAACUUCUACGAAUGAAUCUAAUGCUGAUGAAACAAUUGUACGACAAUUAUCAAUGAAUUCAACAGCUAAAUCUCAAACACCAUUAUCUACACCUAUUUCAACCCCUCAACCUACGCCAACAUCAACACCAACGCCAACAUCUACGCCAACUCCAACUCCAACGGUUACACCUACUUCAACACCAACUUCAACAUCCAUAUGUCCACAAUUAUCACUUGCACAAUCAGCAGAAGAAUCAAAUCCAUCUAAUCAAUCUAAUAUACUACUUAAUAUUUCGAAUAAUAGUAGUAAAGAAUUUGUGGAUUUGGUACCAACAGAUGAUUCAUUACAUACGGUUACCAAAGAGGACCAUAGUGCUAAUAAAUCAAGUAGUUUUGAAUCGGAAGAAGAUGGUAAAAAUAUUAAAGUUGGAGGAAAGAAAUCUAGAGGAGGUAAAAAGAUGGUUGAACCACCAUUAGAACGUAAAAAUCUUCGAUCAAGUGCUGGAAGACAAGCACGAGCUGCUGCUGAAAGACAAGCGAGAAUGGAGGAGGAAUUACAUGCUGCUGCUGCUGCUGCCGCUUCGGCUGCUGCUGAACAAGAAAAUCAACCAGUUAGCGAAUGAAAAUGAUCAAAAAGAUUAUUUUGAUCGAAAUCAUAGUUAUAAUUGACUUGGAAAAACAAAUUCUCAAACUUAAUAAUGUGGCAUAAGUGGGAAAUGUUUGAGCUUUUAAUAUUCCAGUAGUGAUGAUAAGUGAACAGUGUUGAAAAAAAUUAUAGUUAAUUAAUAAUUUAUGAACUACAUUUUUAUGUAGUGAGAAAAAAAAAACUUGAAAGAACCAUAAUAACAAUUUUUUUAACCAGGAAAAUUUCACGGAUUACAUUUGCAAGUGAUAGUGAGUUUGAGAAUCUACAUUAAAAUAUAAACGAUGAUAGAUAAAUGUACGAUAAUAAUUUGCAUUAAAAGUAUUCUUAAUGCAAGUAAUAAUAAUAAUUAUUAUAAAAAUAAUAAUAAUAUUAAUAUUAAUACUAUUCAUAAUCAUUAUAAUCAUAAUAAAAUCGAAACAACGCAAUAGUAUUUUCUGGUAUACUUUGUGUAGUUAUUCAAUUUUUAAUUACAUUAUAAUGACAGUAAUGAGACAUUAACUUUAUUAAAUUUAUUUUUUAUCUGAUCUUAUUGGUUUUUGACCAGGGACUGUUUUAUAUACUAUACUAUAAACUGCUAAUAUAUAUUAUUAUUUUAAUAUUAUAUGCAAAUAUAUUUGCGUAUUAAUAUAAUCUAACUAUUAUAAUAUUAUAUUAUCUAUCUAUAUGUAUAUACAUAUAUACAUAAAAAUCUAUAUAUAUAUGUGUAUAUAUAUAUAAAAUUUAAUUGAAUAUUAAUGAAAAAAUAAAAACGAAAUGUAAAUAUUGAGCUGAUAUUCGCCUAGAAUAGCAUAAAGAAAUACAAUUGUGUACUUGGAUAAUAAGUGUAUAUAUAACAAUGAAUACAAUGUACUUUUAAUUAUACAUAGAUGAAGUAAUAAAUGGCUUCUUUUGUUGUUUGCAAAA